AUUUUGACUCGUAUGUACAUUCAUUAAUUGCUGCUGCCACCAUUACGCUUAUAUUAUAUUUAAAUAUUUUAAUUGUGUUAUAUGAUGGUUACUAAUGCCGUUUGGUUAUUUCCUUGACUUCAUACAUAUGUAUUUUUUUCAUCACCAUUAUGGACAUUCGUUUAAGUCCUCCUAGAGAAGGGACCAGAGGUGGACGAGAGCAAUUUAAGUGGGAAGAUAUAAAAAAUUGUGAUAACAAAGAACGUGAACACUAUCUAGGUCACAGUGUAAAAAUUGGCACGGUUAAGUAUAAAAACCAUUUCUAUAAGCACGAUUGGUAUUUGAAAAAUGAUAACAAAGCAACCGAAGGGGAUCCGAAUGAGGAGCUACAACUAAUUAAGCUUUACGAGGAUGAGCUUAUGUUGGAAAUGUUGGGCUCGAAACCAAAACGUCUGAUGCUUCUGAAGUCACGUCCAACUGAUGUGGAAUCUUUACGUAAGUUAGUUGGGGAUGGUGAGAAACCCAACCUUCCCAGUGACGGGGUUAGGUUAGAAGACACGAAACUGAAGCAAUCUAAUAGGCAUACAUCGGAUUGCAGCCAACGCAUGGAUGCCGGUAAAACGGUUAAGAAAUAUCGGUAUGAUUAUCGAUCACGUAGUCGCAGCCGUAGUUAUGAACGCCGCACUUAUCACCGGUCAAGCCGCAGCCGUCCUACUUCCCGGCAUAGCGGCCGACGUUCCAGGCGCAGCUAUUCACGCUGAUUCGUUUAGUAUGCAAGACAUUUUAAGAUUUCCCAUACAUGUGAAUGAAGCUCUAACUAAAUGUGUUACCAAAAUCAACAAGCUUUCACUGGAAAAAUAAUACCUAUAUGGAGAACAUGUCGCUUUCUGAUAUCAAUAAAAGCCAAUAACACGCACGACGGUUAUUGUCCGGAGAGCUAAAUGAAAAUACGGAAAUUUCGAAUACAAACAAAUCGCACUAAUUAUUACACAUUGUAUGCAUG